AUGGAUAUGCCACAUGUUACAAUGCUAUUUUGCUGCGUGUCAGAUUAUGCCACGUGUCGCAAUGCUAUUUGUCCACGUGUCAUCCACUAUAUCAUCAUUACAUGUGCUCAUCACGAAACGUCGAAUAUAACCACGGAAGGGAGCUAUGGAUGGUUGUUAGCAACCACGUUGAACGAUGCCAUUGCUGAGGCUGCGAAAUCUGCCAAUGGCAAUAAGAAAUUUGCAACAAAACAUGUGAGCUUGGGAGGGUCUCAGAAUGUGUAUACACUUGUUCAGUGCACACCUGAUUUGUCGAGUCAAGAUUGCAGCAAGUGUUUGAAUGAUGUGAUGAAAGAUAUUCCUAUCUGCUGUUUGGGAACAGAUGGUGGAAUGGUUUUGUAUCCAAGCUGCAAUUUGAUGUUUGGCUUACAUCGAUUCUACUCCGACGCUAAUCUUCCUAUUAAUUGGUACCAACUACCCAAACCUUUUGUUGGUAAACCACUUUCAGAAUAUGAUUCCAUUCUGGCCAGCUGGCUAUAGUGAUAGUUGUUGAAAUGAUCAUGUUCUAGCCACCACCAACCAAUCAACCCACCCAUAUCAAUAAUCUCCCUCUAAUUACUCUCCACUUUAAUUAAA